AUGGCGUCGUCUCUCGUGGACGAGGACGACCGCGCGUUCCAAGCGGCGCUGUCGUUCGUGAACGAGUGCGUGCUGGAUGACGAGGAGCUGGAGGAUGCUGCAGCGUUCAGGACCACCGCCAUGAUGCAGCGCGAGGAUGAGUGGGCCGCCAUGUCCUGCGGCCUGGCGCCGACAGUUAACAUCAGCGGAGUCGAGACGUCAUUGGGGGCUCUCGGCGGCUACGAGAUGGCAGCCACCGUCUCAGCUCUCGCAGCCAAACCCGGAGCGUCCAACAGAGACAAGCUCAGGCGACGAACGGAGACCAACGAGAGGAAGAAGCUGCUGCGCAAGGCCGGUAUCUACGAGGACGCCAACUGGAUGAGCAAGGACAGCAGACUAGAGGUCGCCUACCUCCAGGAGAGGAUCGAGAAGCUCCAGCUCGACCUGCAGGUGCUGCAGAGUCGCAAGAGCAGACGACCAGCCAUCCAACCUGGAGCGCAGGACCCAACAGACGACGCGCUGCAGAUCCCGAAGGUGUGGGAGGACAUCGCCAUUCGGCAGCAGCGUCGACUGAAGGCGGCAGAACGUGAAAACUCUCGCUUGAAACUCGCCGUCCAGAACCAGCAGAAGGUGGCGAACUGCAUGACCAACUUGGUGCGGAAGCGAGCGGGACAUUUGACGAACGACUGCGCUUCGUUCAUGAGUGUGGACUUCUCCAUGUUGAGCUCUCGCGGGAUUGCAGGCGACUUCCCGCUGUUGUUCCGCCACCUCGAAACUGCGCACCAGGAGGUCGACGCCGUGUUUGCUUCCAAUGGGCUGGCCAACAUGGUGCUCACACCCAGCGACGUCCACAUCCGAGAAGGUGUCAACGGCAAAUACCUCGAGGCUUUCUCCAACAAGGUGCUGCCCUUCGGGCUGCGCGCAGCAACGGAAGCUACAUGGGACCACUUCAAAGGAGGCGAAAAGCACCUUGGGAAUGGAGUUAUCUACGAAAAAACUUCCAGGAACCUCGACGACCCGUACACGAUCCUCGAGGAGUUCACCAAGGAGAUGCAUUCCAAGAACGCUCGCGCGGAUAUCAAGGCGCAGCAGCUGAUCCGGCGCUACAUGGAGCCCGACCGCGACAUCGUCAUCUGGGUCUCCGUCGCGGAGCCGGCCGAGAUCAAACACAAGAAGCUGCGCGGACUGACCUACCACCUUCGAGGCUACGCGAUGACCAAGAGAUCGCCAGCGUCGACCCCCGAGCACGAAGUCUCCCAGCUGCAGUGCGUCUCGCUCAUCUCGCUCGAGCCCAAGGCAGAGGCGAUAGACAUGGUGUUCUUGCUCGAAGAUGACGACGGGGUGGCGGCGGCGGCGCUGUCCUUCGUGGACGAGUGCGCGCUGGACGAGGUGGCGUCCGCUUCGAGCACCGAGUCCUCGACGGUAUCCGUAGGUGGGGGCGACAGCAGCUCCUCCGAGCCAUCGACCGACGCCCGCGUGCCCAUCGUCCAGUCCGCUCGAUGCAAAGCCCCGGUGCGCGUGACGUCGCGCGAAGAGAAGAUAAGGCGGAGGAUGGAGAUCAACGAGAAGACGAGGAUUCUGCGCAAGGCUGGAGUCUACGCCGACUCGAACCGUGUGCGUAAUGGACGGACGAGGGAGAUCGCCUUCCUCCGCGAGCAACUGGAACGACUUCAGAUUGACUUGGAGACGUUGAAGAAGCAGAAGAAGGUCGGUAGACUCUCAACGACUGCAGGCACGUCGUCGGGGCAGUCUUCAUAUGGAGAAGUGUCGAGCACGUCCCAGAAUUCCAAGAUGUGGCAGGCGGUGCUGGACAUCCAAAGGCGGCGUCGGGAGGAAGCGGAGUGCGAAAAUAUUCGCCUGAAGCUCAUCGUCGAGCGGCAGCGGAAGGUGGCGGACAGCAUGACUAGCUCGCUGCAAAAGCGAGUGGCUGGGUUGGUGAACGAUUGUUCAGGCUUCAUCAGGCAAAACUGCGUCCAGCAUCCUCUUGUUCAUGUGCUGGCCUUCUGUGGAGACAUGGGCGAUUUCGGGGAGCUCUUUCGACACCUCGAAGCCGCCUACCAGGAGGUGGACGCCGUGUUUGCAGUCAACGGGCUCGUUCACAUGGUCGAAACCUCGGACGACGUCCACAUCCGAGCAGGCGGAGACGGAACCUACGCCGAAGCGUUCUCGAAUAAAGUUCUUCACUUCGGCCUGCAGGUGUCGGCUGAGGCAACAUGGGACCACUUCAAAGCGAACGAAAAGCAUUUAGGAAAUGGGAACAUCUACGAGAAGACUGCAAGGUACCUUGACGAGCCCUACACGGUUGUGGAGGAGUUUACCAAGGAGCUAUUCUCCCGACGGUCUCGCGCAGAUAUCAAGGUGAAGCAGGUCAUCCGACGCUACGUGGAGCCUGACCGAGACAUCGUCAUUUGGGUGGCGCGCGUCUCGCCUGCCGAGAUCAAACACAAAAUGCUCAGUGGGCUCACGUACCAGCUUCGUGGUUACGCAAUGACCAAGCGGUCUUCAACGUCAACACGAUUCAACGAGGUCUCGCAGCUCCAGUGCUGCUCCAUGAUCUCGCUCGACCAAGACGCUGCGGCCAAGUACAGCCCGGAGAACAUGCGCGCGCUCUCGAACUUCCUCAUCGCCAGCACAGCGCUCAAGAUCCAGGCCCACCAAGACCGAAUCGAGAGCGCGCUCGUCGAGCGAGCGCUCACGCGGCAAUUAACAUGA